AUGGCAGCGCCUCCUCCGGCAGGCGCAGAUGGGACAGGGAGGAGAGGUACGGACUGGCGCGCCGUGUUCGGCAACAGAGGUGGCCGCACCACACAGCAGAGUAGUAGGACGUCAUUAUCCGGCGCCUCGCAAGAUGUACGCAAAGACAGGCCAACAUGGACAUUGGGCAUACUGAAUGACCCGGAGACCGACGAGGUGCCGGGAUCAAUUCUCUUGAUGUCAAAAGUAUCAGAAUACAACGAGCCCUUAGGUCUACGCAAUGCACCGGCACGCACCUCCGCAUCAUCCCUACCCUCGCCGUAUCCGCCAUCCAUCUCCAGCUCGAUACGGAGGCGGCGAGUCAUCGUACCGGAGAAGAAGCGCACGAAAGACGGCAAGAUCGUACUAGAACCACAGCCGGACGAUUCCGCCAACGAUCCGCUCAACUGGGGCGUGUGGAGGCGAGACCUUGCGCUCUUUUCUCUCGGCUUCUAUUGCAUGAUCGGAGGUGGCAUCACACCCAUAUUGGCCGCUGGUUUCAAAGAGGUUGCAGCCGACUAUGGCGUCUCCGUCCCUCGCGUCGCGCUUACGACAGGUCUGUACAUGAUGGGUCUCGGCAUCGGUUCGGUGCUACUUGCUCCGACCGCGAUCUUGUUCGGUAAGAGACCGGUCUAUCUCGUUGCAGCGAUUUGCUUCAUCUUGACCUCGAUCUGGUGCGCAUUGAGCCCAGACUUCCCGAGUCUGAUCGUAGCGCGUAUCUUCCAAGGCAUCGCCGUGAGCAGCGUCGAGUGUUUGCCCAGUGCCACAGUAGCCGAGAUCUACUUCUUGCACGAGAAGGCCUACCGGCUUGGCAUCUAUACGCUCCUCCUACUCGGUGGCAAGAAUCUUGUGCCGCUCGUCAGUGCAGCAGUAAUACAGAGUCUGGGCUGGCGCUGGGUGUUCUGGAUCGUGGCGAUCGUUGUAGGCUUCGGAUUGUGUUUGCUGUUCUUCUUCGUGCCUGAGACUUUCUGGGAUAGGACCCCAAGACCGAGUAAGCACUUAAAGCGGAAACACAGUGUGCCGAGUGGUCCGAACCUAUUAAGAGCGGCGUCGUGGACACUGAGUCCGGACGCGAGAAGAAAUGGUGCGCCAGUCGAGGCCGAGGAUGUUGUGGAUGGUGGCAUGCCAGCGGCCGAGAAACGACGUUUAGAGAGGCGUGCGCACUUCCAACCGGAAGACGGAUCGGAGGCGGAGAAGAGCAACGAGCUUCACGCUCACACAGAUGGCGCAGACGCAGAGCAGGACGAGAAAGAAGACUUCACCAAAGUGGACAGUCCCUCAGCACCACAGCAAACCUCUGCCAAGUCAGCAGACAAUACUACUGCCAGCCCAGAUCCCGUAGGCAGAGAUUACUUUAAUCUGCGCGAGGCCACGCCCUCAGCCCUUGAGGACGCACGAAGACCACCAGUCGUCUCUCCCAUCUCCCACCAGACGACUAACGACAGCAACGCCGCAAAGCCCACUAACCCAUACGUACAGCGCUAUGUCGCCUCGCCUCCCAAGACCUUCCUGCAACAGUUGAAACCCUACUCGGGCCGCUUAACCCACGCUUCAUGGCUUCGUGUCGCCGCCCGGCCCUUCUUACUUUACGCAUACCCCAGCAUCCUCUGGAGCACGCUUGUUUACUCACUCUCGAUCGGGUGGCUGAUCGUACUUUCCGAAUCCGUCGCCACCAUCUACGAGAACCGGGCGACGUACAACUUCACGCCACUGCAAACCGGUCUCGUCUACAUUAGCCCGUUUGUGGGCGGCGUACUCGGCACGGCCGUCGCUGGCAAAGUGUCGGAUAUCAUCGUGCGGGCUCUGUCGAGAAGAAACGGAGGCGUCUAUGAGCCUGAGUUUCGGCUUGUGAUGGGCAUUCCCAUUGCCAUCUUCACUACCAUCGGCUUGAUGGGCUAUGGAUGGAGCGCGCAGGAGAGGGAUGCUUGGAUUGUGCCCACGAUCUUCUUCGGCUUCAUCUCGUUUGGAUGUUCGUUGGGCAGUACGACGGCCAUCACGUUUGCCGUGGACAGCUAUCGCCAAUACGCGGGCGAAGCGUUGGUGACACUGAACUUCAGCAAGAAUGUGUUGCACGGGUUGGUGUUCAGUCUGUUCUUCAACAAAUGGCUCGAUGCAGAGGGUAGCAAGGAUGUCUUUGUAGCCAUCGGCGGGAUUCAAGUGGCCUGUCUGUUGACCACGAUACCGAUGUAUAUCUACGGCAAGAGGGCACGGAUGUGGACAGUAAGAAGGAACAUGAUGGAGAAGUUCUGA